AUGUCUUCUAAAAAGUCAAUGUGUGAUAACAUGCGUCAUGUCAGGGGCUAUGACUUUCAAUGGACUGAGAACCAUCUCACGGCAGAGCAGCUCAUGCCGUUAAGACGGCAAGCCGAUGACCUUGGGUUGGCUGUCGUCGAAAGACUGCUGGCAAUUGUGGCAGGUCAAAAAAAUGAGAAGGGCGGUGUGAACAGACCAGAUCUGUACACACUUCUGAAGGAGAACUACGCCAAUGAUCCUAUUCUGCGUCAGUUCUGGGAGGAGAGCCAUUUCGUCCCUGACUGGGUAGAUUGGGAAGAGAUUGAAAAGGGCCAACUUUUUCUUUAUCGAUAUUUGGCACCGAAUAUUACUGGAAUUGUGCUUCAGGGCUGCCUAGGAGAAAAUGCCACAACAGCAGGAACCGCAGAGGUCUUCAUAAGGACAGGGGGCUUUAACGUACGUGUCUUGCCUAAGCGAUUCCUCGAAACAUUCCAGUGGCAGAUUCAGGCCACUCAGUCCUUGCAGUCAAUUCAGCCUGGUGGCGAUGGCCAUAUAUCUACCAUCCGCGUAAGGCUAUUGCAUGCGAUGGUACGCCAUCGGAUUCUGAAGAUUGUGGAACAGAAUCCGGAAUAUUACGAUUUCGAGAAAUACGGUACUCCAAUUAAUCUACUGGAUUGUAUGCACGCUAUUUGCGUCUUCGCUUGCAAUACACCUUUUGUUCAAUUGCCCAAGAUAGGGAUCACACCCGAUACACAACUGGUAAAGGGAUACCUGGCAGUGUAUCGUUAUAUCGCCUAUGUUCUAGGCACCCCACCAGAAUAUUUCGCGACUGUUGAGCGGGCUAAGGCUACUAUGGAAAGCAUCAUGCUUAGCGAGCCUGGUCCCACGUCAUCUUCCAAAGUCCUCACUGAAAAUUUCAUCGAGAUGAUUCGCGACUUUCCGCCGAUCAACAUAUCAAAAUCCUUGAUAGAGACAGGUGUUCGCAAGAUGAAUAAUGAUCAGAUGGCUGAUGAGCUGGGACUAUCAAAACCGGGUGACUUUUUCCAGGCUCUUUUUCAAGGGUACUGUGUCAUUCUCGUCGCCAUUUGUCAAUUGCAACACUGUGUUCCACUUUUUGACAGAUAUUUGACCAACAUUUCUAAGCAAUUCCUGAUAAAUAAGGUUUUGGGAUCGUCCAUGCUAAAGGGGGGGUCUAAGUAUGAAUUCAAACACGUCCCUAGCCUUAAAAAACGGACACAUCGCCAGUAUCGAGAAGCUGGAGGUGCUAGGAUAUUUAGACCUGUGGAGAUUCUUAGUUGCGUCUCAUUUCUCAUCCAGGUCAUACUUUACGUAGCACCUCUUUUGGUGAUGGUCAAAUUUUUGGGCGAGGCCAUCACAACGAUAUCUAAGACCUUUUAG